GCUGGAGCUCGCGGCGCUGCAGUCCCGGCCCCUGGCCGCGCGGGGGGUCCCACCCCCGGCCCCUCCAGCCCGGAGCCUCCUUUCUCGUCUUCACGGCUGCCUUGUGAUGCUGCCAGUGCCUGCCUGCCUGGCAAGUCAAAACAUGCUCCGGCCCCAGUGGACUAACAGCAGAAGAUGGCAGAGCUGCCGGAGGUUGGGGCGGCUUUGGGGGAGGGCAGUUUGGUGACUGCCGCACUUGAGGGCUGCCGCCUUGCAGGCAACAGGCUGAACCUGGAUGUGUACCCCGACGGCUGUCACCAGUUCCUCAAGCUGUUUGAGAAACGAAGGGAAGAGGUGGCCCAGGUGGAAUUCCUGCGGCUGAACUGCAACGAGGCCCUCAUAGACUCCACGCUGGGUAGCCUUCCUGUCCUGAAGUGCCUGAAGUCGCUGGUGCUCAAAGGUGGGCAUGCCAAGGAUGAAUUCGGUGCUUGUCAACAGGGUUCCCUGACAACCUUGCCACAAGAUUUUAGGAAUCUACUAUGUCUCACACAUCUGGAUCUCAGCUUUAAUAGCUUCUCCAGGUUGCCCAGCUGCGUCACUGACCUUGCCAGCCUCCGUGUACUCUUGGUGUGCCACAACAGCCUGGUGGGGCUGCCUGAAGACUUCGGCCGGCUCAGUAAACUGACUUUCUUCUCUGCCAUGAAAAACCAGCUCCGGGAUCUGCCACGGAGCAUCGGGGAGCUGGCAGCGCUGCAGAGACUGGACCUGUCUGAAAACGCCCUGGAAUCGCUUCCCGACGAGAUCGGGAGUCUGUAUAACUGCCUGGAGCUGGAUCUCUCAGGGAAUCAAUUGGUGGGCGUCCCUGGCUCCCUUGCCAAUUUGCGAUCUCUGCAGCAGCUGCGUCUUCACAGCAAUCUCCUGGUGACUGUCCCUGCAUCCCUCGCCAGCCUCCCCAACUUGUCCAGGCUUGACUUGCAGAACAACAGGCUACGCUCCAUCCCCCCCGAGAUCCAGAGCUCUCCCUUCGUGCACCUGCGGGGCAAUCCUUUAGGAGAACCUGAGAUCCCCCUGCAAUCUGAUGAAUCCAGCUCAGGAGAGCUAGGAAGAGUGUUCCUUGUACCCAGUGAUGACAGCUUUACUGUGACCCCCGACGGCUGCAAAGUCAUCCUGGCCUGCGGCAUCCAGUUUUACUUCCCCCCGGGUGCUGCCACCUCCUCAGUAACAAUCCAUUUCCAAACGCUCUCGCCUGACCCACGGUGGGUGAAACUGAGGCACCAUGACAUCCUGCUGAGUGAAGUCCUGGAGCUGUGGCCUCACGGGGUUGAGUUCCAGCAGGAGGUGCAGAUCUGGAUGCCUUACACCUCCCCUCAAACGCAGCGUGAGCGAGAGGUGGUAGUUCGGACCUUCAAUGGGCAGAGCUGGAGCGACCUGCAAACCAAGGUGGAGCGGAGAGGAAAGCCGAAGAAGCACAUGGCUUGCUGUAGCGUCCCCCACUUCUCCUGGUUCCUGGUCGUCUCUCGGCUCGUGGAGAAUAAAUGUAGUGUCCCAUCAGCGGGGACUUUGCUCUUUUCCACUGUGGAUCCAAGCAUCAAAGUGACCUUCCCUCCUGGAGUCACAGAGGAGACUCGGAGCAUCACAUUGCAGGUGUUGCCAGUGUCGGCAGAGGAGUUGGCAGAGAUCACGGACGAUCCAGAGUCCAUAGCCAGUCCCCUGCUCUGCCUCUCCCAGAAUUCCACUGUGGAUUUCCUCAGGCCAGUUAAAAUUCAGCUCCCGCUACCUCCAGGGGUCACAGGUCUCACCCUAGAUCGCUCCAGGCUGCAUCUUCUUCACGGCAACCUGCAAGCCCAAACCUGGGAUGACAUCACCAGUCAGGUGGUGCUGGAGUUCACGCACCUCUACGCGCGGUUUGAAGUCACCCACUUCUCCUGGUACUGGCUGUGGUAUACUACCAAGACCUACAUCGGUGGCAUCGCCAGGAAGGUGUACGAGAGGCUGCGCCUGUACCAGGUGAAUUUCAUAGCGCUGCAGAGGAAGAAGGACCCUGAGCAAGUCUUGCUGCAGUGUGUCCCCAAGCACAAGGUCGAUCCUGUUCUGGGAAAGCUUCAUGACCGCUACCAGGGCCCGGAGCCCUCUGACAUUGUGGAGUUGUUUGAGGGAGAGCAGUUCUUUGCAGCCUUCGAGCGAGGCAUCAACAUCGAUGCUGACCGCCCAGACUGUGUGGAUGGACGGAUCUCCUUCAUCUUUUACUCCCACUUGAAGAACAUGAAGGAAAUCUAUGUGACUGCUGAAGUGGACAGGAAAGGCCAAGCUGUGAAAGGGCAGGUCUCCUUCUAUCGUGGCGAAGUUCCAGACAAUGUCCCUGAAGAUGCCACCAAGAAGAGGAAAGGGCCCGAUUCCCACUGGCUGGCUACUCUGCCAAUCAAACUGCCUAAACUGAAAUCCCGCUCAGGUGAGCAUUCAGAGCCCAAGAAUGGCUUCUCCUUCCCUCCUCUGAACCUGGGGAAUGCCGAGACCGGCUACCUGACACAAGCUAAUCUACUUGGCAUUGCUGGGCGCAUUGGAGCUGACUGGCAAACCAUUGGCUUGAACCUGGGGCUACCCUAUCAGCAGAUCGAACGAAUAGGAUACAACCACAGGGAGGACCUGGAUAGUCAGAUCCUGAACAUGCUCUUCUCCUGGGCUCAGCAAAACUCUGACGACCAAAACUGCGUGGAGAAGCUGAUCACAGCCAUGAAGGAGAGCGGCCGCCAGGACAUUGCAGACGAGAUUGAAACUGUCAUCGAACUGGGAAGGCAGAAAUACAGGGCGUCCAUCCGCCGGGUGGGCCUGGACCAGGAGAGCAGCGCUGAAGACUCCACGAUAGCCAUGGUGUAGCAGCCAGCAGAAGGAACUCUGCUUCUUACUGUGGUGAUCCCUCCCCUGUGCAUUAGGUGGCAUGGCUGCAUGGGGACCUGCCAACUGAUCCACAUGCCACCACCUGCCAUGGGAGCUGGGGGGCACCAGCUGGAUUGUGAUCAUCCACUACGAACCCACCAUGCUCUGCGAAGGGUAUGCUAAUGUGUGACUUCUGUUAAGUCCGUAUGUGCCAACUUCCUAGUGUGUGGGAAAGGCUGGUGAGUCCCGAGUUCAGGCCCUCUGGCUUUAGGUGUUAGGGACGUGGAGAAAUUCAGAGCAGUUAAAUAAUGGAGAACACUGCUUUUAAUAAUGUUGCUGUAAUAGAUAUUUAUAUAUAACUUAUGCCUAAACCUAUGUUCUGCUAAUGAUUUGGGAUCUAAACAUUCCCCACCACAUCUCUUCUUUCAGCAUUUCUGUAGGGACAGAUUCAGUUGUGUUCUGGUGUUUGAUGUAAAACUUAAUGGGGGAAUCCCACUAUAUGAGCUUGUGCUGUGAUCCUCGCAGAUCUCCAAGCAAAGGUUGGGUCAGUAGUUGACUGGGAGACCUCCAGCUAUCUAUUUUAGGUACCUAUAUGGUCCCCAUUACCAUCAUAUCUGAGCACUUCACAGUCUUUAGCGUGGGAAAUUUAGAAACAUUUUCCUUUCCCCUACGUUUCCUGUGAAAACAGUUUUGACUUUUUCCUUCCACAAACAAACCCUGAAAGAGAAUUGUUUUUUGUGGGGAGGGAGGGGAAUGUUGGUGUUUGGGUAGUUUGUUUGUUUGUUUGCUUUUUUUCGUUGGUAGAAAUUUUCCACUCUUUCUAAUUUCUUGUUUUGUUCAAAAACCAUUUUGUAAUUAUUACUUUUUAAAAACAAUUUUUUUUUUGCCCAACUCUAGGCCUCUGUGGGGCUGGAGGUCUUUUGGAUGAGACAUAAAACCUAGCCGCUCUUGACCGUAGGUUCCAUUUUACUUUCUGCAGUGAAUUAGGAGGUUGAACCCAUUGUGUUGGCCAAAUGCCAAUUUGGAUUCUAAGUUGCCUCUUUAAAGUUUCCCAGCAGUUUCAAGUGGAUACUGUGUUCUUCACUUCCUCUCUUAAACUGUUUGUGCGGUGGGAUUCUGCAGUAGUGGGCAGCAGGUGAGGUUCAGCUCAGAGGUCACAGCACUCACUCCUGUGUAUAGUUUUCAAAGCACUUGGGAUGAAAAGCACAAUAUUCAUGUGGCAUUUUAAGAGCUGAUCAGGUCAGCUGCAGGACAGAGCCAUUGUGGGAUCUGGACGGAAUGGUGCUGACCUCACCUUUAACCUUCCUAAUCUGAGUAUCCUGUAAAUGAGAAUUCCCUAUUGACUUCCCCUGCUCUCCAACCCAUCUCAUAAUUGGCCUGAAAUAAAGACAAUGGGAGUCUUUCCAUGGACUCCCCAAAAGC